AUGGAGACCCAGGGUCCGAAUGAGGAGGAGGUAGACUCGACCGAGAUGACUAAGUGGCGGGAAAUGAUGUCCCAGGGUAUCGCGAAGUACAUGGAGCAGCACCCUGAUCGCUUCAAACGCCGUGUGCGCCGGGGGAUUCCCCCGGAGUUUAGGUGGCGCGUCUGGAAGGCGGCGGCCCAGCUUGACGAGGAGCCUUUGGCAGAUUACGGCAGCCUCUGCGAUCAAGAGAACAAGUGGACUGCGUCGAUCGAAAUCGAUGUGCCUCGCACCUUCCCGGAGCUCAAAGCUUUUGAUGAGGAGCAGCAGCAGCGACUCCGACGAGUCCUCAACGCCUAUGCCAGCUACAAUCCUGAUUGCGGCUACUGUCAGGGCAUGAACUACGUUGCCGGUUUGCUGCUGCUGGUCUCUCGCUGCGAGGAGGAAAGCUUCUGGGUCUUCGUGCGGCUCAUGGACCAUGAGGAUUUCGGCCUCGGUGGUUUCUACGUGGGUCGACUGCCCCUUCUCCGACGCUACCUCCGCGCUUGCGAGAACCUCGUCGCGGAGUCACUACCGGAGUUGCGAGAGCACUUCAUCAAGCAGAAUGUGCAGCCCGCUGUGUAUUUGCACCAGUGGUUCUUAACGCUUUUCAUCAACUGCUUUCCCAUCUCAAUGGUGAUGAUCCUCUGGGACGUCAUCAUGUGCGAAGGCCUCACGGUGAUCCUGCGAAUCGCGGUGUCCAUUCUCCAGGUCUUGAAAGACUCGCUUCUCUCCAUGGAGUUCGAGGAGAUUAUCAAGUUCUUCAAGAUGAUGAAGACCUAUCACGACGAGGACGGUGAGCUCGGCGCUGUCAAAAUCGGACAGCUGCUCAUGAAGCACACCGAGCAGGUUCACAUACCCAAGGAAACGAUCCAGUGCCUACAGGCUGCGUUGUUGCCCAACCAGGGGCUGUUUGACUUCCGCCGCGUGGGUCCUCUCUUGGGCGGCACCGCUCGCGGAUUCACGGACGCGUUCUGUAGGGAGGUUAUUCCUUCCUACGCUCACCUAUACACCACGGUCGAGCAGGAUCGUUCUUUCGAGAUGUUGUGGCGGGCGUAUUGCCACGCCUGCCUUGUGAGAGGGGCAGCAGCAGGUGGGGGAGCACCUGCAUUUGCACAGCCUGGAGUUGCGUUCCAGGCGUUGCACACAGAUUCGGACCACACAAUGCAGCUCCAAUUGGAGGAGGUGCUGCUGUGCGCGUCGGCGGUGACUUGGGCAACAACCCGCCUCCGUAUGAUGGCGAUGCUGCAGUAG